CCUCCCUCUCUCUCUCCCCCUCUCUCGGUGUAAAUGGUCUAUCUACAGCAGCAGAGGGCGGAAUAAGGAGCUCUGGGUACGGAAGACAUACCCAGACGCCAAAACAGGAAAUUAGAGCGGAGGACCCAGUCUGGAAAGGAAAAAAUUGCCCUAGCACCAACGGUUUGCUGUUGGCUGAGGAACCUGCAGAACCUGUCUGGACCUGCAGGAAACCACUGGUUUGCUGGAGUAAGACUCUAACUGUGCAAUGGCUCUGCUGACCUUGCAUAGGAUCCCAUCCAUCUCCACCGCCCCGGAUGAAGGCCUCCAAAAGAAAGGACGACUUCAGAAAAGAGAGAGUUUCGCUCUGGUUAAAGGAGCGGCCCUCCUACUGGAAGAUGGCGACGUUGGUGGGCUGGAAGAAGAAACUUCUACUGACGACGUAUCUCCUGUGAAAAAAGAAGCAUCAGACACGCGGCUCAGACACCUCCACGCCAUGCUGGAACAGCUCAGACCAGAGGACACCAUCAAGCUGGCGGUGGAGCUGGAGUCGGUCAGCACUGUCAGAGUCAGGUAUCUGAUCGUCGUCUCCACGCUGGCAAGCAAACAAGAGAGCAUUCUUCUGGGCAUUGAUUUUCCCAGCUCAGACAGCGAUCAUUGCACCAUUGGCCUGGUUCUGCCGCUGUGGAGCGACACACAAGUCUAUCUGGAUGGAGAUGGUGGUUUUAGUGUGACGUCAGCAGAGGAGACCAGAAAUUUUAAACCCGUUUCCAUGCAGACCAUGUGGUCUAUCCUACAAGUCCUGCACGGCUGCUGCGAGCGGGCAGUCAAAGCAGCACUAAUCCCAGGCUGUGGGCUGGAGUGGGCCCAGCACUACGCCCAGCACAUUGAGUCCGAUCGGUUCUGCUUGAACGAAUGGGAGGCCAUGAAUGACCUGGAGUCAGUGCGCCGGGACAGUAGUGGACAAAGCUCUGCAGAUAGAGUUUCCAAUGAAAGGCUAAUCAAAGAGAACCUGAGAGACAUCAUGAGGACUGAAGAUCUGGACAACCUCACGUCUAAAAUGGUGCACAUUGCUCUGGAGACCAGGAUAGGGUUUGACAUGAGACCCUACAAGGAGUACAUAGAUAAUGAGAUCUUGGUUACCAUGGCUCAGAUGGACAAACCCUCGAAAAUAUUUGAUUACCUUUACUUGGGCUCUGAGUGGAACGCAGCUAACUUUGAGGAGCUGCAGAAAAACAACGUUGGCUACAUUCUCAAUGUCACAAGAGAGAUCGACAACUUUUACCCAGAAUCCUUCACCUACAUGAACAUCAGAGUGUACGACGUGGAGGCCACCGAUCUGCUCUCUCACUGGCCGGACACAUACAACUUCAUUAACUCUGCAAGGAAGAGUGGUCAAGCGGUGCUGGUGCACUGUAAGAUGGGCGUGUCCCGAUCUGCAUCCACGGUAAUCGCCUACGCCAUGAAGCAGCAGCGCUGGUCUCUGGAUGAGGCGCUGGCCUACGUCCGGGAAUGCAGGUCUAUUAUCAAACCCAACGACGGCUUCCUGAAGCAGCUGCAGACCUACAGUGGUAUCCUCAGUGCAAGCCAGCAGCGUCACAGCGCUCUCUGGAAGCCCAGACAGAAGUCUGUGCGAAAGGAGCAAAGUGCGCAAGAUGGAAAGCCAGGAGAGGAGGAAGAGGAUGAGGAGGAAUAUGAUGACGAGGAGGAGGAGGAUGACAGCUCAGAUGAGGAAAAUAAUUCAGAAGAAGACCAAGAAGUGUUUGAAGAAAAAGCUCCACCAUCUGACAUCCAGGAAGUAGAAGGUCCCACCAUCACUAUAAAUGAACCGGACAAGGUCGCUCCAAGCGUGAACCGCAGUGGCAGGAUGAACCUGUUCUCCCUCAUGCAGUCCAUCAGUGAAAUGGAUGACAUGGAAAAGGGACAUGAAACGCUUCCUGGCAGUCCGAGACGCUCUCCUAAGCAGCGGAGGCGCAGCCAAGGCCGACGGCUGACCCACCAAAAAGCGUGCUUAGAUGUGUCGCCAGAGCCACGCUCCCUGCCGGACGAUGGACGAAGUAAUCACUAAAGUGGACAAAAGCCUGGACAAUCAGGGAGGCACAGGAGGGAGGGGGUUCAAUAAAGGAAAUCCUGAUGGGGGAGGAAUCCAGGAACAAAGCCAAGGCAGUUCUGUUGAAGAUGUAGUUGAUUUUGCUAGGCUUGCAUUGCAUACCUGAGCUCCUAGUGAUACCUGGGUUAUUACUCUCUCUGCAGUAUUGCUGUAACACUCCCAGCCUGGAUUUCAUUUAGCUCAUGUCAGUCUGUCAAAUGGUAUUAUGGUUAUAAAAUCUUGUCACCAUGAUCCCACAGACCCUCCCUCCUGCCCACUGGAGUUCACCCUUCAACACUUCAGAGAGAUCUAUGCAAUACCUGUAAUCUCUCCCCCGCUGAUGAACACACGGCUUUUUAAACGACCCCAUCACACCUUCUGCUUUCUAAGAUCUCUGCUGGAAGGAUUUCACUGUAUCAAAGCUGUGCAUUACGGACCACGUUAAAGGCCAGUUUUAUGGCGCAUGCUUGAUUGCCAAACUGUUUUUUUAUGUGCCAGUAAAUCUAUUUAAUUAUAUAUAUAUAUAUAUAAAAAAAACAAUAAGGAACAAUUGUAGAUGGUUUUUAUUCUGAUGUAUUCACCAGGAGUGCAUGAGUGCCUUUAACCUGAGAGUUAAAUAUUUGCUGGAUUUUUUGUUUUUAUCUCUAAGAUGACUCCAUCUUGGAUCUUUCCUAGUUUCUCUGCUUCAUCCAUGUGAUUUCCAGAGAUUGUGCUUCUUUACAGUAUAGAGGACUCCAUUUGUAUUUGCUGGUGGUCUGGAUGCAUUUGUUUGUGUUUAUAUACCAGCCUACAAGACCAAAUUGUUCAGGGUUUCUUCUUGUGUGUAUUUAUAAGAAUUGUAUUCUUUAUUACCCAGAUGUCACCAGAUGCCAACAUGGCUCAUUUCAUGUUGGUUGUAUCUUUGAGUGCAUCCAAGCUAAAUAAUUCAUUAAACCUGCAUGUGCACAAUGAAAAUCAAUUCCAUUCACUUUAUAUUCCCACACUGUUCACACUGCCUGAGGCAAACCUGCACUGUACUGUGAUCUGAUUGGUAACUUUAAGUUGCACCCAAAGCUGUUCUAUUGUUGUGGCGAGUACUUGGCUUUCUACAGCUCACUCCUGUUUACGAAAAACUCUGUGGCAAAUAAAGACAUCCUAACCAAGUCA